ACACAGCAAGCAUGCUUUGAAUGUAUCUCAGCACAUAUCGCAACUCCGAUCCUAGUCAGGACAGGACAAUGCAUUCUUCAAAAGCUCUAAGUAUUUUUUCUGGACGCACAGCUUUAGCUUUAAAAGGUGGAUUGUAAAUUUGCAAAGACAACCUGUAUUCAUUUUAUUUUUUUUAAAACAUGAAGUGAUACAUGAAGAUGGUCUUGUCAUUUGAUUGCAUCCUUUCAGUGUUUGGGAUGUAGUUCAAGUCACUGGGGAUGUUUCCUUGAGCGAGAAAGCAGAAGCUUUAAAGACACCGAGCGGAAAAGUUUGCAGUCAGUGGAUUUGUAUCACAACAAUGACAAGUCAAAGUGGAACAAAUGGCUUCUUUACUUUAUAUUCAACUAAUGCUAUGAAGUACUAGGAAGAGCUUUCUAGACGUAAAUGAUGUCUGUGUCACCAACAAUUCUGUAUUUAAAUGGAACUAGGUUUAAUUCAGAUCAUGACACAGUGGACGUCCCAAAACCACCUUAUGCGUUCAAUGCACUUCUCUUUUGGCUGACACUGAGUUUGGUACUGACUGUCUUAGUAGGUAGCAUCUUUUCAAUGGUGUCCUUAAUGAAGAUGAAGAGCAAGUCCACUCUCUCUGUGCUGGUGACUUCCUUAUCAGUGGAUGACUUAGUGAGCGUGGCACCUGUGUCAAUCUUCUUGCUUAAGCAAUGGACGAGCCAGUCCCUUUCCCAGCCCAUGUGCAGUACCGCAGCUUUUCUCUACCUAUUUCAUGGACUCUCAAGCAAUUUAAAGGCAUCGACCAUUAUCUUCUACAACUUCUGCACAGCUAACAAAUCCAGACAUUGGGAAACUACCGAAGUGCCACUGAAAAUAUCCUGGGCAAUCCUAACUAUAUGGGUCCUUAGUCUGUUAAUUAGUUCUCUGCCUUUAUUUGGCUGGGGCACAUUCGCUGCUACAUCUUGGGGAUGUCUUUUGGACUACAGGAGUUCAUACAUUUUGUUUUUGUUUGCUUUGUAUUGUCUGUGCUUCUGUAUACUAACAGUCCUCUCUGUCCCACUAACCCACCAGUUGCUGUGCUCAGACAGCCAAAAUCAACUACCUUACGUGAAUUAUAGAGAUAUUGCUAAGGGCUAUCUGACUCCAAGUACACCUCUGGACAGCAAUGCUUCAUCUAUGUCUCCCGAUAAUACUGUGUCCAAAUCCUUGAAGAAUGUCAGUGAGAAAUGUGUGAGCUCCGAGGCAGUGUUUAGAAGGAGCCAGGCUGAAGGAAGUGUGGAUGAUCAGAACUGCACAAACAGUGGAAGCAGGAGCAUCACCAUACGCUUUGCACAGAAGCGUUAUUCAUUGAUUCUUGCUUUAACUAAAGUCAUUCUUUGGCUUCCAAUCAUGAUACAAAUGGUUAUCCAUCACAUUCUUGGCUUUCAGAGCCUUUCUUUCGAGACAUUAAGUUUUCUCCUGACUUUGCUGGCUGCUACCAUUUCUCCGUUGUUUGUUCUGUCUGAGCGCUGGAGCCAUCUGCCAUGUGGCUGUAUAAUUAACUGCAAGAGGAAUGCAUACAUAAUGUCAUCAGAAGAACACCAAACUAAAAGAAGAAGAUUUGACUUCAAUCUGUCAUUUAACAAAGGUUAUGGGAUUUAUAAAAUAUCACAGGAAAACCAUGCUACCCAAGAAAACUCUAUAUCAUACCAUAACUUGAUUAAUUAUGACUGUGAAAACACCAAUGAAAUUCGAGGCGAAAGAAUCCUUAAUUCAGCCCUAUUAGAUUUUAGCACCAUAAGUUUCCAGGACAGUGCGAUGCUUACAGAUGUGAGUAAGCUCAAACUGCUUAACACAGAGAUAAGAGGUGACCAGAGUAAAGACAAAGAUAUUGGACGUCUACUUUCUGAAAAAAUUGGGGCAUUAAAAAAGGAAGAUGUCAGACACUUUGAUAAGUCAACAUUUUAUGAAGGGCAGGAGAGAAGAUUGUCCCAUGAAGAAGGUCGGAAGCCAGAGCUCACAGAUUGGGAGUGGUGUAGGAGUAAGUCCGAACGAACUCCUCGACAAGUCACACACAAGCGUUCUGGAGGAGCAUUAGCUAUACCACUCUGUGCUUUUCAAGGGACAGUAUCUCUUCAUGCACCUACUGGAAAAACCCUUUCUUUAUCUACAUAUGAGGUAAGCAGUGAGGGUCAAAGAAUUACACCAACAUCUAAAAAGAUAGAGGUAUAUCGAUCAAAGAGUGUUGGACAUGAGCCAAGCAAGGAAGAUUCUCCCACUCAAUUUCCAGACACCAAUGUGAAGAUCCAUUUAGAAGUUCUAGAAAUUUGUGACAACGAAGAGGCUAUGGACACAGUGUCAAUAAUCAGCAAUAUAAGCCAAUCUUCGACUCAAGCCAGGUCUCCAUCUCUACGCUACUCGCGCAAGGAGAAUCGAUUUGUUUCAUGUGAUCUGGGAGAAACUGCUUCAUAUUCCCUCUUCAUUCCAACAAACAAUCCUGACACUGACAUUAACAUUUCAAUCCCAGACACAGUUGAGGCUCACAGACAGAACAGCAAGAAACAACAUGUGGAGAGAGACAGCUAUCAAGAAGAGAUACAGUUGUUAAACAGAGCUUACCGGAAGCGGGAAGGGGAAGAAGAUAGCUAAAGAAUAGAUAAUCAAUUAUAAUGAAGGCAUUUUCUUUGAAUUUAAUUAAGCUUUAUCCCUGAUUUGCAUUGCUACACACAUAUUUCAAUGUCUUUUU